AUGGCGAACUCAACACGCACACAACAGGUUCCCCAGCAUGUCACCGCGCUGCUCUCCCACCUCACCUCCCGCCCAGGUGUGCAAUCCACAUUGAUUCUAUCCCGCAAGGAUGGAUCGAUCAUCCAAAGCACAGGACAAUUAGCACAAUCAGCUGAAGAAAAUACCACCUCUCGCACCUCACACAUCCCCUCCACGGACUCGACUCCUCUUUCCGCUACACAGCCCUCCGAUUCAUCCCCUGCCUCCCCCGCCCUCACACAACCAUACCAACCCUCCCAAGCUGAGACUCUAGCUGCCCACAUCUUUGCAUUCGUUUCUAGUGCCUCCGCACUCGGAGUUUCGCUAUCGCGACCUGGACCUGCCACGCAGCGACCCGGUGACAGCCAUUUGGAUGUGAACUACGAUUAUGGGAAUGAGGCUGGUACGGCGCGUGAGGACCGGGACGACGGCUUUGAUCGCGAAGAGGAUGGUGAGGUGAAGUUGUUGAGAAUGCGCACAAAGAAACAUGAGAUUGUCGUCGUACCGGACCGGAAGUACUUGCUGUGUGUUGUGCAUGAUGCUUCUCCUGGAGGGCCUGGGGCGACGGGCUCGCGCCGAUGA